CCUAAAGAGCAAACUAUUCACUCUUCAGGAAAACUUUCUUUAAAUCCUCAAAUCUCCACUUAACCUCAGUUAAUAAUUGCUGUCUCUUCAGUGUAUUGUUGGAAGCGUUUUAUAUCUACACUCCCCAAGAAAGUGACCGCUAGCCACAUUGGCUAAAUAAUUAAAUUUAUCUAGUUAUAAUUAAAUAAAAUGUAAAAUCCAAUUCCUUGGCCACACUAUUCACAUCAGACAGAGCAGAUACAGAAUAUUCCCAUCAUUGCAGAAAGUUCAAUUGGACAGUGCUGGGCUAGAGCUAGAACUUGCCAAAGAUCAGAGAAAGCAGUAUGACUGAACCGAAAAUCCAGGCCAGUAGCUGGUUUGUUCUGAGUGAGAAAGUUCACCGGGUAAGUGGGAAGCAAGCUGACCUUUGAAACAGUGACAUCACAAUGUACAGUUCACAAUGGCUCCCGAACACUUCAGCUCCAAGGCCACGCUCCCUAGCCCAUAUCUAGGUUCCUGAAGCCUCUGCACAUGUAGUUCCAGGAGCUGCUGUCUUACUAAAAUGUCAACAUCUUUGUCCUCAUCUUCUGUCUGGGACAACCUCGUAGAAUAUCUCUCUCUGAGCUCAAUAUGGAAGUGGCUACAAGCAACUCUUCUGGGAGAGACUAGUCCACCUCAGCAAACAAAUUUUGGAGUACUAGAUACCCUUGCUCCAAUUAUGCAAGUUAUCCUGGGGAUUUCUUUUUUGCUUUUGUUGGGAGUAGGAGUAUAUAUCUUAUGGAAACGAAGUGUUCGGUCAAUUCAGAAAAUAUUGUUGUUUAUCAUCACACUCUACAAACUUUACAAGAAGAGCGCAGAUUUUUUUCAGGCUUUGCUGGUCAACCCAGAAGGGAACGCUCUCCCGGGUCAAGACAAUAACUUCUUCCUGUCCUUGGGUCUGCAAGAGAGAAUUUUGAAAAAACUUCAGACGGUGGAAAACAAAGUGAAGGACCUGGAGGGGAUGAUCAUUUCCCACAAACCUGCCACGAAGAGGGAUUGCUCCUCUGAGCCCUACUGCAGUUGCUCUGACUGCCAGAGUCCCUUGCCCUCAUCAGGAUUUACUUCCACAUCUGAAAUGUGACGGACUCCAAUCUCUUCCAGAAAAGCACUGUUUUUUCCCUCA